UGAAACUUUACUUAUGUUAUGUGAUUCCUCUUCAACUGUUUUUAUUUGUUGAUGUUGAUAUAUCCCACUACAUGAUAGAUGUCGUUGUUGCAUCCAAAGUAAUAUAUUCAUAGAGCUCUUGGAUUGCAUAUUCUUUCAUUGUUGGCCUCCAUGUUUUUUACUGUCUUUAGCUGUAAAACAACCACCUAAAUGACAUUUAGUGGUUGCUAGUUAACAUAACAACACUUAAGACCAUAUAUAUAUGCUUUCAGGAACCCUCACUGAUGAUGAUGAUGAUGAUGAUGAUGAUGAUGAUAUCCGAAAAACGAGCAUUCUGGUUUCCACUAACUUGUGUAAAGUACCAAGAGUUGAGUAUUAUACACUUUAUUUAUGUUUUAUCUUGCCUUAUAUAGAUUUUAUGGAAUUUUGAAGUUUGUUGAAAAGAGCUCAGGUAAAUGCAUAGGUUGAUGAAAUGUAUAUUUACGUUCACAUACACUUGGUAAAGGGCUAAGUAUGUUCAUUGCUGGCAUAGAAAGUCCGAUAUUUUAGACGCGUUGUUUAGAAACUUAGGAGAAGAAGCAAUUCAGCUGUUUAGCUGGCGUUUACAACCAAGUUGUUUCGUUUAUUUAUUAGAAGAGGAGAAUGGUUUAUGUGAUGACAUCAAUAUCUCAUAAAUAAUAAUUUGUGAUAACCUAGGGCCUUCCUUAAUUCUUUAGUAUUAUCUGUACCUGCUUCCUCAAUAUUUGAGACUGUGGUCCACUCUGCGAGGAACCCUAACUCAACAAGCAAUUCAAAUCACUCAUUCCCCUAUUAAAUUAAUAUUUUUGUGAGAGUUCUUGGUUUAAAACCCCUUUUUGAAAAUUCGUAGGCUUUUUUUCUUGCAUAUGUCUAAUGAUACUCGUAAGCUUAAACCAUUAUGAACUCUAGGAUGCAUGAUCCUGGGAUUAUUUCGCUUAUGGCUUUCAUUAACUGGCUCCUGAUUUGUCUCUAUAACUUCACAUUAAAAAGUGUUUCAAAAAAAAAUAAAAAUAAAAACUCUACAUGAAAAUAUUACAAAUUUAGUUUCUUACAUUUUGGACUAUAUAUAAUUGGAAAUGUAUGCUCAGGAAAGUUAUCUUUGUUGGGUAAUCUAGGCUUAAUUCGUUGCGUGCGUAUUCGCUGGUUUAUACUCGUAGUGUAGGUAUAAAUGUGUUGAAUGACAAUAUGGUACUGCAAAUCCAAAUAUGCUCAGAGUAUCAUAUUUCAUAUUAACCUACAGUUUCUGCACACACUAAAAUACCUUCUAGAAACUGGCAGAUUUGAUGCCCUCAUUUGGCAAAGCAUCUUCUUGUUUGAUUUCUCUAUGUUUUCUUAAUUAGAUUUGGUUUCUUGAUAUUAGGUUUUGCAGUUUGAAACUAUGCACGAAACCUCUGAUCUUCAUCAUAUAGAAGACACAUAAGAAAAAGACAAGAGCUCGAGAUAUGACAUUGGCUGUAAUACUGAGGCGGAGGGAGAAGAUCUUUUAGGUUUCAAAGAUGGUGGAAAUUAGAUAAUUUUCCGCACCCACCUCUUCCCUAACCAGAUCCUUCCUAACGGUCAAAAUCUGUCAUCAUCAUCAAUAGAUUUGAUACUAGGGCAUAGUUUGAUGGCUACUUAUGAACUACUUCCCAGUUAAAGACAAAUUAGAGAAACAGUUGAUAUGUGUUUGUUCAUUAAUGAAGACGGCUGUUCUCGAGAUGAUAAGACAAGAAGAAGAAUUUACAUUGAGGGAAGCAACCAAAUCUCAGAGAUAGAGGAAGGAGAAAAUAAAAGAGACAGAUACAAGAGAUCAGCGAACAUGAGAAGAUCUCCUUGUAGUGAUGACUCUGGUCUCAAGAAAGGUCCUUGGACUCCUGAAGAAGAUGAGAAACUUGUCAACUAUAUCCAAAAACAUGGCCAUAGUAGCUGGACAGCUCUUCCCAAGCGUGCUGGUCUUAACAGGUGUGGGAAGAGUUGCAGGCUAAGAUGGACUAACUACUUGAGACCUGACAUCAAGCGAGGGAGAUUCUCUCCAGAGGAAGAACAGACUAUCUUGAACCUUCAUGCAGUUGUUGGAAACAAGUGGUCAACGAUUGCGAACAACUUACCAGGGAGAACAGACAACGAGAUCAAGAAUUUCUGGAACACCCAUUUGAAGAAAAAACUGAUUCAGAUGGGAGUUGACCCAAUGACUCAUCGUCCAAGACCUGAUAUCUUCUCCAGCUUAUCUCAGCUUGUGUCUAUGUCCUCUAACCUUAGAGGUUUUGUUGAUAUGCAGCUCCAGUUUCAAACUGAUCAAGAGCAAACUAUACUGAAACUCCAAACCGAGAUGGCAAAACUCAAAUUGUUACAUGACCUCCUUCAACCACCUUCCAUGAAUAAUAACACUAACCCUAAUGACUUUGACACUCGCAGUCUCCUCCACUCUAUUGCCUCCUUAAAAGAAACCUAUACCACCAGCAAUAAUCCCGACCUUGGUCCCUAUCUUCAGGACUUCAGCAGCAUACCAUCCCUAGAAACCUUAAACACCAACAUGGUACCAUCAUCUAUUUCCCCCCGAGAUCUUGAGGACAGUCACUUUAAAUUCUUCAGUCAAAGAGAUAACUUACCUGUAUCUCCAGUCUGGCUCUCGGAUCCCUCCAGCUCAAAUCAGAGUUUGUUACCUUCUCUUGAUCAUUCAUCUGUUGUGAGUGGUGAUCUGAUUAGAAACCAAUACAUUAUUGAAGAUGUCAAUAGCAAUCUCAUGACCUCUUCAAGCGGUCAAGAAUCAGGAGCUUCAGCUUCACCUGUAUGGCCUGAUCAUCUACUGGAUGAUUCCAUAUUUUCCAACAUUCUUUAGCCUUCGUUGUCUUUUUCAGGUAUGUUUUGGAGGAACUCAAAAAUCAAAUUUGGAGAAUGUAUUUGCGUAUCUAUAUGUAUUGUAGACACAUCAUAUAUGUGUGUUCAUGUUGUGGAAUGUAAAGUACGGUACAUGUUUCAUAACUCAUAUAUAUGCCUGUUGUUAUCAAUGUUCUUUAGCAUAUGUUUCUCACCCAUAUGGCCAUAUCCGAGUUUAUGUUAUAUAGAGAUGAUUUUUGUGAAGUGGAGGUCACUUGUAGUUGUAAUUAGGGUUUUUCAUAAUUGUUUGGAUCUUUUGUUUUACUUUACUUGCUUGCAAAUCGAAUUAUGUACGAGUAUAUAGAUGUUAUAACACUUUUUGUAUCAAUGUAAUUUUAAAGCAAACAUCAAACACACUGAGGUUAGAAUAGAUGUUAUACAUUGUAGAGUUUGAAUAUGGAUGUGUUUCAUUAUCAUUCAUUCAUAUGAUCAUUUAUCCUUUUUGCUUUGCCAAAAGCAAAUAAUGGAAGAAAUGAAGAAGCAUGUGAUCGGCUGGCUAACGAUAAUAUAAAAAGGCCAAGUAGAUGUUUUAAUAAUAAAAAAAACGAGAGAUGUGAUGUCAGAUAAGGAUCUCUGAUUAGGUUAAAGAAUAAUUUACUCAUUGAGCUUUUUGCGGCAAAGAUCGAGUGCCUUGAAAAUUUUAGUAUUGUAAUUUCAUCCGAAUCCAAAUGGAUCCAUUUUCUUUUGUCAACUUGUUUUUCACCGUAGUAUUUAAUCUAAAAUAUUAAUAUUUUAAUCAACUUUUUUUCUUUUUGACGUCAAUCAACUUUUCUGUAUAUUUAUUACUAGCGUAAACUAACAGAUUACUAAUUUGCUUUGGUGAAUCAAAUCGCUUUUGAAACGACACCGUUAGGAAAUGGGCCUCAGGAACGAAACUAGAAGGCCUUGACCCAAUACGAUUACACUGACGAAGAGUUUCAAUGCAUCUUUAAUUUCGUUUCGGUCCUCGUAGUUUGCUUGUUUGGAGUUCCAGAUUGACUUUGGUCUGAAUUGUUUAGCUGUUCUUAUUCAUGGAUUGGUUUCCAAAAUAGAUAAAAAAAUCAACACAUAGCAAACAAGUUCAAAACUUUGAUAUGAUAGAAGGUUUAAGAGCUAACACAAAGCAGAAACCAAAAAAGAUAGACGUUCAAACGGCGUUUACAUGUCCAAAUACGACGAGAAA